AUGGGUAGGAGGAAAGUGGUGAAUGUGAGUCGUGGUGCGAUGGGUAGGAGGAAAGUGGUGAAUGUGAGGCGUGCUGCGAUGGGUAGGAGGAAACUAGUGAAUGUGAGUCAUGGUGCAUGGGGUAGGAGGAAAGUGGUGAAUGUGAGGUGUGGUGCGAGGGGUAGGAGGAAAGUGGUGAAUGUGAGGCGUGGUGCGAGGGAUAGGAGGAAUGUGGUGAAUGUGAGGCGUGGUGCAGGGGGUAGGAGGAAAGUGGUAAAUGUGAGGCGUGGUGCGGGGGGUAGGAGGAAAGUGGUGAAUGUGAGGCGUGGUGCGAGGGAUAGGAGGAAUGUGGUGAAUAUAAGGCGGGGUGCGAGGGGUAGGAGGAAAGUGGUGAAUGUGAGGCGUGGUGCGAGGGGUAGGAGGAAAGUGGUGAAUGUGAGGUGUGGUGCGAGGGAUAGGAGGAAAGUGGUGAAUGUGAGGCGUGGCGCGAGGGGUAGGAGGAAAGUGGUGAAUGAGAAAGUGGUGAAUGUGAGGCGUGGUGCAAUGGGUAGGAGGAAAGUGGUGAAUGUGAGGCGUGGUGCGAUGGGUAGGAGGAAAGUGGUGAAUGUGAGGCGUGGUGCGAGAGGUAGGAGGAAAGUGGUGAAUGUGAGGUGUGGUGCGAGGGGUAGGAGGAAAGUGGUGAAUGUAAGGUGUGGUGCGAGGGAUAGGAGGAAAGUGGUGAAUGUAAGGCAUGGUGCGAGGGGUAGGAGGAAAUUGGUGAAUGUGAGGCGUGGUGCGAUGGGUGGGAAGAAAGUUGUGAAUGUGAGGCGUGGUGCAAUGGGUAGGAGGAAAGUGGUGAAUGUGAGGCGUGGUGCGAUGGGUAGGAGGAAAGUGGUGAAUGUGAGGCAUGGUGCGGAAAGUGGUGAAUGUGAGGCGUGGAGGAAAGUGGUGAAUGUGAGGCGUGGUGCGAGGGGUAGGAGGAAAGUGGUGAAUGUGAAGCGUGGUGCAGGGGGUAGGGGGGAAGUGGUGAAUGUGAGGCGUGAUGCGAGGGAAAGGAGGAAAGUGGAGAAUGUGAGGCGUGGCGCGAGGGGUAGGAGGAAAGUGGUGAAUGUGAGGCGUGGUGCAGGGGGUAGGAGGAAAGUGGUGAAUGUGAGGCGUGGUGCGGGGGGUAGGAGGAAAGUGGUGAAUGUGAGGCGUGGUGCGAGGGGUAGGAGGAAAGUGGUGAAUGUGAGGUGUGGUGCGAUGGGUAGGAGGAAAGUGGUGAAUGUGAAGCGUGGUGCGAGGGGUAGGGGGAAAGUGGUGAAUGUGAGGCGUGGUGCGAGGGAUAGGAGGAAAGUGGUGAAUGUGAGGCGUGGUGCGAGGGGUAGGAGGAAAGUGGUGAAUGUGAGGCGUGGUGCAGGGGGUAGGAGGAAGGUGGUGAAUGUGAGGCGUGGUGCGGGGGGUAGGAGGAAAGUGGUAAAUGUGAGGCGUGGUGCGAUGGGUAGGAGGAAAGUGGUGAAUGUGAGGCGUGGUGCGAGGGGUAGGAGGAAAGUGGUGAAUGUGAGGCGUGGUGCAGGGGGUAGGGGGAAAGUGGUGAAUGUGAGGCGUGAUGCGAGGGAAAGGAGGAAACUGGUGAAUGUGAGGCGUGGCGCGAGGGGUAGGAGGAAAGUGGUCAAUGUGAGGCGUGGUGCAGGGGGUAGGAGGAAAGUGGUGAAUGUGAGGCGUGGUGCGGGGGGUAAGAGGAAAGUGGUGAAUAUGAGGCGUGGUGCGAGGGGUAGGAGGAAAGUGGUGAAUGUGAGGUGUAGUGCGAUGGGUAGGAGGAAAGUGGUGAAUGUGAAGCGUGGUAUGAGGGGUAGGAGGAAAGUGGUGAAUGUGAGGCGUGGUGCGAGGGGUAGGAGGAAAGUGGUGAAUGUGAGGUGUGGUGCGAGGGAUAGGAGGAAAGUGGUGAAUGUGAGGCAUGGUGCGAGGGGUAGGAGGAAAGUGGUGAAUGAGAAAGUGGUGAAUGUGAGGCGUGGUGCGAUGGGUAGGAGGAAAGUGGUGAAUGUGAGGCGUGGUGCGAGGGGUAGGAGGAAAGUGGUGAAAUUGAGGCGUGGUGCGAUGGGUGGGAGGAAAGUGGUGAAUGUGAGGCGUGGUGCAAGGGGUGGGAGGAAAGUGGUGAAUGUGAGGCGUGGUGCAGGGGGUAGGAGGGAAGUGGUGAAUGUGAGGCGUGGUGCGAUGGGUAGGAGGAAAGUGGUGAAUGUGAAGCGUGGUGCGAGGGGUGGGAGGAAAGUGGUGAAUGUGAGGCGUGGUGCGAGGGGUAGGAGGAAAGUGGUGAAUGUGAGGUGUGGUGCGAGGGAUAGGAGGAAAGUGGUGAAUGUGAGGCGUGGUGCGAGGGGUAGGAGGAAAGUGGUGAAUGUGAGGCGUGGUGCGAUGGGUGGGAGGAAAGUGGUGAAUGUGAGGCGUGGUGCAAUGGGUAGGAGGAAAGUGGUGAAUGUGAGGCGUGGUGCGAUGGGUAGGAGGAAAGUGGUGAAUGUGAGGCGUGGUGCGAUGGGUAGGAGGAAAGUGGUGAAUGUGAGGCGUGGUGCAAGGGAUAGGAGGAAAGUGGUGAAUGUGAGGCGUGGUGCGAGGGGUAGGAGGAAACUGGUGAAUGUGAGGUGUGGUGCAGGGGGUAGGAGGAAAAUGGUGAAUGUGAGGCGUGGUGCGGGGGGUAGGAGGAAAGUGGUGAAUGUGAGGCGUGGUGCGAUGGGUAGGAGGAAAGUGGUGAAUGUGAGGCGUGGUGCGAGGGGUAGGAGGAAAGUGGUGAAUGUGAGGCAUGGUGCGAGGGAUAGGAGGAAAUUGGUGAAUGGUAUAGAGAUUCGUCAAGGCGCCUAUAGAGGUGGGUAUGACUCCUGUCAGCGUGUUGCUGGAUAG